AUGAACUCCGUGGCUGCCUCACCAAACUUACGCAUGAUGUUUCUCACCUCUAGAAAGAAAACGAUUCGCUUCGCUCUGAACUCUCCUCUCUCAGAACUAAAUUCGACAACUUCGAUGUCGGCUCAGCCACAAUCGGUCUCGCUGCUCAGCUGCUCCGCGAAACUUCUGAAAGCAAUAAAUGCGCCUUCAGUGCAAUUCGUUACGGCAUUGCGGAAUCGCGCUCUACUACAGCUGAGAAUAACUGACGACAACGCCCGAGGUGUCUAG